AUUCUAUCUUACUAUGUAUAUGCUAUUUAUGUAAUAUGAUGCAUUUAAUUUAUAUUAACACCGCAUUUGGUACAAUGUGUAGGAUGUUACGCUGUUUGUGAUACAGCUCAUUUAUUCGCUACUAUCUUCUUUUGAGUAGUUGCUAACCCUUUAGGGAACUGCAAUGGCGGGGACAGCUGCAUCUCCCGCCGUUGAGCGGCCUAAAGCUGGCGGCAAAGGUCGAGGUAAUCACUUUAGUCGCCAGGAAUCGCGAGUUGAGAACAUGGAAUACAUGAUUGGUCAACAGAUAUGGAUAAAGAUUGAUACUGAUGAUCUAUUUGCAUUGGCAACGGUCAAGUCGUUUACGGAGGAUAAGGUUUCAGUUUCAUACAACGGUACGCAGAUGACUGUUUCAUAUAAUGACUGUUUGAAUACCGAUGUGAUGAACGUACCUUUGGAUACUCAUGAUUUGGUGAAGUUACGUCAUGCUAAUAGUGCUGUGGUAUCAGAUAUAUUGCGUACACGUUUUAUGUCUGACAUGAUAUAUACAUAUGCUGGUAAGCUUUUGGUUGCACUUAAUCCUUUUCGUCUGAUUCCGAAUUUAUACGGUGCUCCAGUUAUUGAGCGUUACCGUCGUUGUGAUACAUCGUUAGGCUUCCCUUCAGAUGCACCUCCUCAUGUUUACGCUGUUGCUCAAUGUGUUCUUAACGGUUUGAUACGUAGUGAUCAAUGUCAAUCUUGUAUUGUAAGUGGUGAGUCAGGUGCUGGUAAAACUGAGACUGCUAAGCAGUUGAUGGACUUUUUUGCUUAUGGUCCUAGCCAAGGUACUGACUCUGUUCAGAAAGUUGUUUUGGGUUCCAAUGUUGUUCUCGAGGCUUUUGGUAACGCUAAGACUUUACGUAACAACAACAGUUCUCGUUUCGGUAAAUUCGUGAAGAUUUUAGUGGCUCCUGAUGGUGGUCUCAAAGGAGGCAUUAUUUGCAGUUACAUGCUUGAGUUAUCUCGUAUAGAAUUUCAAAGUGACGGUGAACGUAACUAUCAUAUAUUUUACCAAUGCCUUAAAGGUUUGAGCAGCUCUGAGAAAGAGAAGUUUGGUUUUAGAUCUAUAGAGUCUUAUCGUUUUUUGAACGGUGGAAAAUGCUGUGAUGCUCCUGGUAUUGAUGAUGUGAAGGAGUUUGCUGCUGUUCGUCGUGAGCUGCAACAGCUAUUUCCUGACAAUGGUUUUGAGGACUGUAUGCGUUGUAUUUCAGGUAUAUUGCUAUGUGGCAACAUUGAAUUCAAGGAAGUUACCUCCAUGGGUGUGGAGAACGCUGCUGCUAUAUCCAAUACGUCUGACUUUGAGCAGAUGUGUUCGUUGUUAGGCUUCAAUGCUGAUCAAGCUGAACGUGCUCUUGCUACUAAAGUAGUUACUAUCCAGGGUGAUAGUAUUACUUCUCCCGUUACCGUGGCUGCUGCUGAGGUGAACGUCCGUGCUUUGGCCAAGGAUCUUUAUGGAGCAUUGUUUGAAUUUUGUAUCGACAAGAUUAACAGCAUCAUCCAGUUUGACGAUGUGGCUAAGCGUUGGAUUGGCAUUUUAGAUAUUUACGGUUUUGAGUUUUUUGAGAAAAACACUUAUGAGCAGUUAUUGAUUAACUACGCGAACGAGCGUCUUCAACAGUAUUUCAUUAAUCGUGUAUUUGCUUCUGAGAUUGCUGAGUAUGACGCUGAGGGUAUUGACCAUUCUUCCAUUCAUUACACUGACAACUCUGAGGUGCUUCUAGUUCUUGAUAAGCCGAACUGUUCGAUAUUUUCAUUUUUAGAAGAGCAGUGCCUGAUUCAGACAGGAUCUUCGGAGAAGUUCACUGCUAGUUGCAAGUCUAAGAUUAAGAACGAGCUGUUUGUACCUGCUCAGGGUGCUGUUUGCAAGUUUACUAUUGUUCAUACUGCUACUGCUGUAACCUAUAACACUGAAGAGUUUGUUCCCAAGAACAAGCACAAGUUGAGUAUACCCAUAGUUGAGCUUUUACAGGGUUCGUCGAAUAGCAUUGUCAGGAUGAGUGCUGAGCGUAUUCCUGCAGAGACGGGUAACAUGAAGGGCAAGUUUUUGGGUUCCAAGUUCCACUCUUCUAUUGGUGCUUUAAUGCGUACUUUGAAUGACACAGAGUCUCACUUUAUUCGGUGUAUUAAGACUAACCAGCAGAAGCAACCCAAGUUGUAUGAAACCGGUAAUGUUUAUGGUCAAUUGAUAUCGUUAUCCAUCAUUGAAGCAAUUCAAACUAUUCACCGUGGUUUUGCAUAUCGCGCAACUUUUGAAAAGUUCCUUAGUGACAAUGACUUUUUGAAUUCUUAUGCUAAUGCUUGUUCUUCUGAGGGCGAUGAUUUAAGGUUAACUGUCGAGAAAAUUUUGCAGAAUCUUGGUAUUCCUGUUAGCGACUAUCAACUUGGUAAGAACAAGAUAUUUAUAAAAAAAAACGGUUGGAUGCUUCUGGAGAAGGCGUUUUUACAAUAUACCCAGACAUCUAAACCUUUAUCUGCUGCUUUAUAUAGCAUAUAUCGCGUAUGGCGCAAUCGCAAUCAUUUGGAGAACAGCCGAACUUGUAUAGUUCGUAUCCAAUCUAACGUUCGUCGUUAUUUAAUUCAGGCCAGCACUUUAAUUGCUAAGGAGCGUUUGCACAAUUUCGUUGGUUUGGUUGCUAUUUUAGACUUUGUAUUGAAUGAGGAUCCUCGUAUUUCUGCUGUAAUAACUAUUCAAUCAUGUGUUCGCAUGCGUAUUUGUCGUCGUCGUUACCUAUUGCUUUUGGAGGCUAAACGUGCUCAGGAGCGUCAAAUUCGCGUUGCUGCCAAUUUGAAGCGUCUAAGGAUAGUUCAAAUUGUGUUCAGUACGUGCCGUUAUUUACAGCUCAUUUGUGAAUCUCGUCGUCGAGAUCGUGCUGCUACUGUUAUUGCUUCUUGUUGGCGUAUGCAUGUUGCCAUUCGUCAAUUAAAUAAUUUACGUUUACAUCGUCUUACGAAUUUUGCCGCUACAUUGAUUCAGAAGCACAUUCGUGGUUUUCUUCAGCGUCGUGCUUACAAUGAGACUUUAUCUAAAAUUCCUUUUAUUGUACGUCUUCAAUCUGCUUUCCGGAUGUGUCUUACUAUAAACCACCUUGAUCCACAUAUUGGUGAACGUUUGAGAUACACAAGGUUACAUCUUCGUAUGAUGCAUCAUUUGCAAUUGUUCCAAGCGGUUGUUAAAUCAGUUCUUUGUCACCGUCGUUUAGAUGCUGCUCAGGACGCCGUGUUAUGUCUUCAGAAGUACGGUUGGUCGCGUGGUUGUCAUGAGGAGUUUCAUCGUAUUCGGGAUGCUAGCUCCACUAUUACUUCCUAUUGGCGUCGUGAGAGGUUACAUUCAGUAGUUCGCGUCGAACGUGAGCGUCUCUAUCGUGAGGCCGAUCGUCAAUUAUAUGAUGGUUUAAGUUGCGAGGAAACUACUUGUGCGCAUCGCAUGUUUGAGAAUGGUCGUAAUAGUUCUAAUAGGCGUUUAUUGCCCGUGCAUGUUCAUGUGAACGGCGAUUACCGUGGAGUCUACCCCGGUGGUUGGUCAUCAUGUCUCGAGCGUUUACAAUCUAAGGGCGGAACUCAUACGUCUGGCAUUACUUCUAUGGGUAUGUGUGACAAGUACAGUGUCGUUGUUUUGGAUGACCGUGAUGUCUAUGGAUUUGGUGCUAAUGCUUAUACUGAUUUGAAUCGCAGCGGUUCCACUGCUUGUAGGCUUCUUGCAUCGGUUCCUAACCCAUUAAAAGUUGCUGGAGUUCAUUGUGGACACGGUCAUACCAUAUUACAUCUAAGUGAUGGGUCGCUGUAUGGUUGGGGUGACAAUUCACAUGGUCAGUGUGGUGUUGCUGCGACUGCCUCUACCGUUGGAUCUCCAACUCUCAUUAGGAUGCCUAUGAGAAGCGGAUCUCCCGUUCGUAUACGUUCUGUUAGUGCUGGAUCAUUUCACAACUGUGCAUCUUCAGAGGACGGCACUGUAUUUAUUUGGGGUGGUUGGCGCGACCUGAAUUUACCAUGUUUCGGUGAGGAUUUAUCUUUCCCUGCUGAGCUUCCUAGUGGUUCCUGGUCUAUUGGUGAACAUAUAGAUAGUGUCUAUUGUGGCCAUCGCGUGUGUUAUUUAUUAACGAAUAGCGGUAAACUGUUGUCUUUCGGUAGCACUGCUAACGGUCAAUUGGGACAUGAGUGGCCUGAGCGUGGUUACCCUCGUGUUAUUCACAUCCCAGGCAUUGUAUCUGCUGUAUCAUGUGGCGGUAACUUUACUAUUGCUGUAACAGACCGAUCUGAGGUAUACGUAUUUGGCACAGUUCAGGGUGUUCGCCACGGUCGUGAGGUUCGUCAUGUAUUUGCAUCUCCUGAAUGUCUCUUAUAUGAUCGCGCAUCUUUAGGAUCGCCCAUUAUGCGUAGUAGUGUCGGUUACUGGGAUUGCAAUGUGUUGACUGAGGACGGAUUGAUAUGGGCCUGGAGCUACUUGGUUCUUGAUGACGGUUGUACCCGUCCUAUUUUAUAUCGCUAUUCUUGCCUAUCGGAUAUUAGAGUCCUUGAUGUAAUUACGGCAUACUCUUCAAAAUUGUCUGUGACAAGUGCCGUUGUAUAAUGUUGUAUGAUUUUUUGCCAUGGGUGUACGCGCGUUAUGCGGCAGGUGUUACGUCACCGAUGACUAAUGACACAUUAAAUACAUAAUAUAUAAACACUCC